AUAAAUGUCUUCAAAUCAAUUGCUCCUCACGUGAUCUUGCAUUGGAGUUAAGGACAAUCAACAAUAAAAGAAACCUGAACACACCAAGUUGGAUUGUGACGUUCAGUUUUAAUGGAGCAACAGAAAGGAUAUCAUUUUCCCCGAGCAUGGACUGACAUGGACCGUGGAGAAUAGAGAUGCAUCAUGUUACAUUGUAUCUUGUCGUCAAAAUAAGCAGGUAGAUGAGCCAGGAAAGUAAAUACCUCCAAUCUGCCAUUUAUGUAGAAGUUUUAUGAAACAUUAUUAUAUAAUUCAAGCCUUUACGUAGAAAAGAACAAGCACUUUUACACCAUGUCGACCGAGGGCGCCGAGUCCCCUCCCCCUGUCAGGGCACUGCUGGAUGUACCCAGGGUCGUCACAGCUUUAGACACAGGGUAUAGACUUCUACACGGCGUGGCCUGUCUGAAUGACAAUGAAGUAUGGACACAGGGUAACAACAAAAUCAUAAACCUCUACAACCUGCAGGGGGAACUAGUGAAGUCAGCCCAAACCAAGUCAGGGGACAUACCGAACGACAUUGCGGUGACGAGGAGUGGGGAUCUUAUUUAUACUGAUGACAACGAUGAAAGUGUGAACAUAGUGAAGAAUAGGCAGAUAGAUGAGAGGAUCAGGUUACAGGGCUGGAGCCACAGCAAUGUCUGUAUGACCUCAUCUGAUGAACUUUUGGUAAUUAUGAUGAGUGCGGACAAAAAACAUACAAAAGUGGUGCGUUAUUCUGGUGUCAUAGAGGAACAGAUCAUUCAAUACGACGACAAAGGACGACCUCUCUAUUCAUCGGGCGACAUUAAGUACAUCACUGAGAACAGAAACCUAGAUAUCUGUGUUUCUGACCAUAAAGCCGGUGCAGUAGUGGUGGUCAAUCAGGCCGGGAAACUCCGGUUUACCUACACUGGUCUCUCUUCUACCCCGAAAGAAGCAUUGCAUCCAGUCGGCAUCACAACAGACAGCCAGGGUCAGAUCCUGACAGCAGAUAGAAACAAAAACCGCAUCCACAUCCUGGAUCGGGACGGACAGUUCCUCCGCUUCAUUGACAACUGUGAUCUAUGCACUCCCUGGGGUUUGUGUGUGGACACCAGAGACAACCUUUUUGUGACAGAGUGUAACACGGGCAAAGUGAAGAAAAUCCAGUAUUACGCCUAAUCUUUGUGUAAUUUAAA